CUUCGUCCGGCUGAAUAAGCUUCACUGGCCGUUAUAAAGCGGAAUGUCUAUGUUUGAGGGAAAUCAAUUCGCAAAAUGAUGCAGACAGGUGUCGGGUGAUACGAUCCUGUUUUCUUCAUAGACACAUUCCAAACGAGGUCUAAUAUACGGUGAUAAGGCCGAAUCUACACCUUUUUAUUGUGCUUUUCACGAGUAUGUAUGAAAAGAUACAAAAGGAUCUAAACCGAGUUGUACUGAUGCCUGUUGUGAAGUACUUGGUUCAGUGAAUAAAGGCAAGCACAUUCACAAACUUCCACAAAAACCCAUCGAAGUUGAAUCCUAACAGAGGUGUGUUGAAAACUCCAACGAAACUUGGUGACACAGCUGCUAAAUGUCAAUCAUUACAUUCUUGUGUCCAACAGUUUUUGUUGUUUUCAACACUGAGUGAAUCUACUGCUUCAAAUGUAAUCCUUGGUGGACACUUUAAUACUUCACUGCAUGAAAUUUUGCGGCUCCGGAGACUAUGGUGUCACUGUUAGCGUUCCGAACUACGAGACAAUUACCAGGCAAUAACAACGGUAAGAUGGCCGAGUACAUACGCGAUUUCACCGGGAAGGAAGCCGUUGUUGAUUGCUCAGACAGCUUCAACUUCACGGAGCUCGACAGAAGAAGCGUAGUUCGACUGGAUGUAGGACAGGGCAGGCUAACAGGGGAGUCCCUUGAGGACCAGGAAGGUGAGCGAAGCGACGAGGAUGACUUAGGGUCCAGUAACACGUUGUCCCCGGACGAUGAGACGAGGAUACAACAGCGGAGAGAGCGGAACCGCUUGGCCGCUGCGCGCUGCAGAGAUAGACGGCGUCAUCUUGCAGCCGCUUUGGUCCAGGAAUCCGACAAUCUCGAGGCCCAGAAUAAUGAUUUAAUGAAAGGCAUCGCUGAAUUGGAAAAGGAAAAGCGAGCGCUGGAAGAAACACUAAGACAACACUUGCCAAAUUGUGCACUCCAAAGAAAAUUCACACAGAAUCCACCGCUGCUUCAACUCGAAGAUCAGUCACGGUUCCCGCAACAUCAGCAUGAUCAACAACCACAUCAACAACGAAUGCAAUAUCAACAUCAACUGCAUCGACAACAACAGAGUUACUGCCUUCAGCAACCACACUGUCAACUAAAUGGACAUGAACCGUACAGACCCCAAAAUCAACACCAUCAACAAAUGCUGUCAAUGGCUAAGGGUUCUGUUGGGGGCCAGAAGUCCGCACACCAGCUUUCUGGUCAGUUUUAAGUCUUGCAUACAAUUUGUAACCAGUAGAACAAUACUGAUGAAAAUCAUUCCCAAUAGUUAUGGGCUAUAUAUGGCUUGUCUCUCAAUUUGAGAGUACGUCAGACUAUCUCAUUUAGAUUGGAACCCGGGACUUCCUUAAUAACCUAACAAAUGAGUACUUACUGUUGGCGAGGUUCUUACUUUAGUGCUUUAGGCCUGAAUAAUUUUGCAAUGCUGAUUCAUUCCUACUGUUGGUGAAUGUCUUUUAAACUGAGCCAUCAAACAAAAGAAAUCCCAGAAUAAUGAAGAAGUGGACAAAAAUGAUUCUGAAAUCUUUGUUAACUGCUUCAAAAUAUCGUUCCUAAUCUGAUCGUUAAUGUCAGCAAGAGUGAGCUCCCAACUUUCUUAGGUUAAUUAACUUAAAAUACGCUUCUGCCUUGUUGACGGCGUUUGGUUAUGCAUGAGCAGCCAAGCAUUUGCAUAUGCCUACAACGUAUGAACUCCGUGAAAGUCGGGUUGCGUAGACGGCCAUGAUGAUGAUGGGCUACGAAAACAAAACAGCCAUUCGUUUCUAUUGCAGGGGUUCUCCAGUUUUAACAUACCGCAAGGUAUAUGUAAAAAACCCACAUUCUUCUAAAUGUAGAAAGUGGAGCAAAGCUUUAGCGGAUGUGGCUAUGCUUAAAUUGGGGAGUGGUUUGUAUUUCCGACAUCGACAGGUGGUAUAUAUUGGAAAUGAAAAGAGAAAGUGCUACAUUCCCUCUUGUUAACAUCCUCCUCAGAAAUGGGAUUUUAAAAAGGAAGUAUGUGUGUCUAUAUAUAGAAGUACUGGACACCUUGGAUAGAGAAGUUUCUUCAUUUUUUUCCUGACAAAAUGAAUAGUCAUGAAUAGGUAAAAGCGACCCUCGGCCCGUAAGCAACAGCAUGGCUCCUUGCUGCAAAAUAAGCAUUAUAGGUGGCUGAAUAUGUAAUGUGUAAUAUGAUUUAAUGAUUUCGAAGGAGACCUAUCGUUAACAAGACAAGGGUAGGGGACUGUAGAGAUAUUUGUUUGCUUGCUUUUAUGUAGCCUUUUCAAAGACUUGAGAGGCCAUUUUCGUUCCAUCUCAAUUACUGUUUGUGAUGGUGUAAUAUGCCUGCAUCACGUUGGCCAAAGGUGCUUUUUGUAACUAAUGUCUACAUAUUAAAGUUUUAACAUAGAGUGACACUGAAAUUUUUUAUCAGGGUAUGAAAUCCUACUGCAAGUGAUUGUUUUGAUCUUAUUUCACCGUCGGAGGAAAUGUGUACACCCCAAAGUCCUAUUCCAGCAAGAUAAACAAAUCUGACAAAUCUAAUAUGAAAAUUACCAGAAAGGCUUCGUGUUGAGAAAAUACCCUGCAUCCAAAGAAGUGAGAGUUUGUUUUCCCCACGGUACUGUUAGGCUACCUACCUAACCUAACAUUUCCUUCAUAUCAAUAUUUGCGUUCCUUUCGUUUUUGAGGAAGGGGUGGUAAUGAUGGUGUGGUAAAUUACGUAACAUAAACGAUCAAGAUCAACCGAACAGUUGAAUUUAUUUGGAAUGUCUUUCUAAUCGGUAGAUCUAUGCUUAUGUAUAAAAACUGGUAAGAUUGAGUUGUGUUCCUUCGUCAACAACGCUCCCCCCCCCCGUCAAUCCAUUGGCAUCUUUGUUAGAAAUGCGCUGGCGCCUGUUGUAGGAACCCAAUUCACAGAGUAAUAUGAACACAGAUAUGGCAUCCACGUGCCAGAAAACGAUUUGAAUUGUGGUUUGUCGCGGCCUCGUAUUUCCAGGGUAGUGGGAAUGCCCACAGGAUAUUGGAAUUUUUUUUAUAUGAUGAAGAACGUUUAACUUCAGUUUCCCUGUGAACUUUUCGUUUCACAUGAAUGUUGAAUAGCUCGAUCCAACUUAAAAGCGCUCAAUGUGGCAGGAAAAAAUUGCAAACAAACAACGAUCACUACUUCCAAGUUAGAGUCAGCACUUACCUAAAUAUGAAUGGACAAAAAAUAUUGAUAUUGCUAUCAGUUUCUUUAUAAGACUGGUUGAUGUAAACAGCUAAGGUAAAGAUAGACAAGUAGGUGCAGUGUUCAAGUACCGUGAAAGUGUAUUUCCCUAAAAUGUCAGGCCAUAAUGGAUGUAGAAAGGGUUCCGUUUUCCCGUGACAAAAUUUUUUGUACCUUUUAGGAUAAGUAACAAAACUAGGCUAUAAAGACAAUUAAGGAUAAAAGUUUAUUUGAGAAUUUUUUCAUAAUCCCAGCUUCGGGUUUCGUAUUUAAUUUUAGUGUUCUGGAUUCAUUUAUAAUCCAUUUGCCCGUAUCAUUUACUUAUCAGCAUCUCGAAUUUGCUCUUCAAUCCUUCCGUCCACUGCACUCUACCACUCCACACCCCUUACCUGCGCGACUGCUGAUCGGGAUUUGAUUUCGUCAAGGUUAUCAACAAAAUUAUCUCUGACGAGUUAACAAGACAUUAGAUCUUUCUAAACACGAGGACACCGCCAAAAGCAUUUGAUUUUGGAAAAAGUACAAUGCAAUCCUGUAACUGCAGGUAAACUUUAACCUCUGCUUGUUUCACUGUUCAGAAGGCACCCCAUGAGUUAAAUGUAUGGGCGUAAAUCCAGGGGUAGGGGUGGGGUUGUAUAUUCCCCCCCUUUUUUGGGGGGGGCGUUACUGAAUCAUCCCGCAAUUUUUCGAGGUGAGCAAUACAUUAAAGCGGAUCGUGAAAAAAAUGUCGGACUUCCCAACGACCAAAAUACAUCAAAUACCACUCAAAAGGGAACAAAUUUAAAACCCAUAGAUAUGCCGUUCUGGUGUAAGAUUCUGCAGUAAUGUAAUACACAUUAAAGACGAACAUCGGCAUCAUGGACAUCGCCCCCUAUAUAGUGUCAUAUGGUGUCACAUUUCCAUAGCCGGGCAAGCCAUCCUCCCCAACAAAUCCCCAUCCAUCAAUCUCCCAAUUUCCGGCACGAGGGUUCACCACUGGUAAUGACUCAUAAUCGAUACAUUUACAUUUUAAAGCAUGUGAACAGCGAAAAGCUUUUGGAAAAAACGUUGUUCACACUUGAUAAUUAAACACUGUUUUUCUACGCCAAGGUUUAAAUCAAAUUUUGAAAAAUUAAGCUCCACUCCGUUUACAAUCUCUCAAGCACGCGUCACAGAGAAAUUCGAAAGAAUCUCAUAAACGUUAUCUUUAAAAAUGGUAAAAUCUACACGGUUUAUUCAUUCAUCCAAUACGUUUUGAAGACUUCUUGGCCAGGUAAACACCUCUAUAAAAAUAGGAGUCCUUUUUCAUUUCUUUAUUCCGGAACAAGGGCAAAGUGAAGAAUAUUUCUUGAGUUUAGUUUAUAGCAUUUGUAAACCAAAACCGCAAGUAGCUGAGUUCUAAACAGCCUAUACGUGAUGCACAUGUGAUAUACACUACGAGAAUGAAAAUGCUCUGUAGGUUCAACGUCUACUAAUAACAACACGAAAAGAAACAAACAGUACAUCUGUGACAAGUUUAUGUUAUCUGCUUACCCUUGAUAUGUAGGUGAAGACGGGGUUUGUGUGUGGUGGAUGUGGUCCGAAUGGGUGUGGACAAAUGGACGAGGAUAGGAGCCAUGCUUAAGAGUAGAAUACUGCACAAUCGGAUCCGCAAUAGUCACAACUAUGUACCUUACCAAUGACGCAGUCAGGAUCUUGGGGGGGGGUAGGGGAACAAGAGUUCCCGCAGAGGGGAGGGGUAGUUGCGCCCCCGCCCCGCUACGUAGCAAGGUUCUGAGGAGGGGGGAUUGGGGUUAAAGAAUUCCAGGCAGGUGCCUCUCCCCUUGGCUACGCCAUGGUAUCUUACGGCUAUUGCCUCAAAGCAGUGGUUCUGUAAGGUUUACGGUUGUUGUGGUAGACGGACUUUGUAUUAAAAAUUGUAAUGAUGGCGCACCUAGUCCCUGCCACUAGAAUAGCUCCUUAAUAGCCCUUAUAAAUCAUCUUGUACUUCCUUUAUACAAGUGUUUGCACUUUGUAGGGGACCGCUCCGUCCAUAACCAGGAGUCUUGAUAACUAUCAACUGCGCUAUCUACUUUUAUACAUGGGAGGUCGCGGUGGAGACUGAAGCAUAUUAUAAGACGUUUAUUAUUUGUAAAAUUACCUCCCGAGAU